AUGGCAGCCAAACUCACCUUUGAGGGUGUUGUGAAUAAACUCGGAAUACACCGCAAGGAUGUCCAGGUACCACUCGCGCUUGCUGGGAUAGACAAGGAUUCACGGAAAUACGCUCUCUUGUAUGAAAAGCUGUUGAUCGACGCGUGGGUUGACAAUGUCAGCCACAUCAAGGAUUUGGAAGGUGUAUCGGAGCUACUACGAAUUCAUGGUCCGAGAGAUUCGUCGGUGAUGAUACAUCUGCUGAACAAGAUUCAGCAAAAAUUCAGCAACUCCGGCGUUGACGAAGUCAUUAAAUUGGCAACGAAGGAAAAGUCAUUUUCUGAGGCGCUUAAACUGCGCUUGCAGAAUCUCUCGCUUACUGUCAAGCAAGACACGCUUCCUGAUGUGAUCCUGGAAAUGAGUUCGUCCGGGGAGCUUCCACUAGAAGAUUUGUUACUUCAUCGGAACUUUCAAGCUUGGGAUAACGAGUACAGCAUGAGAAACGUUAAUUUCGGCUUUGUGAUGAUGAACCUAUUGCGAUGGAUGACCGAGCACGAUAAAGACUUUGCUAGCGUUCUAGCGGAGUUAGAAAUGAUGGGUGAACUAAAUGCGUCCCAUCUCAAGGUGAUCAAAGCGCUUGAAGAUGACCACAAAAGCGCAUCAAUCCGAAAUUGA